UCACGAUUUUGUGUUCGUGGUGUUUUGCAGGUGUUCGCCGCCCUUGCGGUGCUCGUGGCCGUCGCCCUGGGGGUGGCCGACGCUGCUCGCAUUCUGGCGGUGAUGCCGAUGCACGCCCGCAGCCACCAGAUCGCCCUGAGCGCGGUGACCCGCGCGCUGGCCGACAAGGGUCACGACAUCACCUACAUUACCGGUCUGCCGCAAGGGAACAAAAUCAACCCAACGCACAACCACAAGCUUAUACACUUUCAAAGCAAAGCGGUAUCAAAGGAAGCUGAUGCCGAGUUGAAGAGAUUUUGGGAGAAUAAGCGCGGCACCUUAGACCAGAUCACGUUCCUCAUGAAAUGGGGUGCCGUAAUUGUCAACGAAACCCUCAGCAGCCCCGUCGUCAAGGCCGAGCUGUACAAGCCUGGCCAGAAGUUCGACCUCGUCAUCGCGGAACUGUUCUUCUUCCAAGAGGCGUUCAUCACCCUCGGUCACCACUUUAAGGCUCCCGUGGUCGCCAUCAACCCUUUCGGCGCUUCACAGUUUAUUAACGAACUGUCCGGUAACCCUGUCAAUCCAUCCUGGGUACCGUCACCAUUCCUCGGUUUCUCCGACCGUAUGUCAUUCAUUCAACGAGCAAUCAAUGCGUUUUUGCACGUCGGGACCCACUUGUCGUACUUCUAUUACAAUCUGCCUCUACAAGAGGAGAUCGCCAAGCAGUAUUUUCCCGAUGUGCCUCAUGUGGAGGAGCUGCUCCGGUCGAAUCUCGCUCUCACUCUGAUAAACAACCACUUCACGCUGGUCUAUCCCACACCAAUGGCGCCUAAUGUCAUCGAGAUUGGCGGAAUCCACAUCCCUCAAAAACGCAACCCCCUGCCCAAGGACCUGCAAGAUUACCUGGAUGGCGCGAAGGAGGGCGUCGUCUACUUCAGCAUGGGGUCGAACCUGAAGGUGGAACAAAUGCCGGAGGAGAAGAGCAAGGCCAUCCUGGGUGCGCUGGGCGCGCUGAAGGAGCGCGUGCUUCUGAAGUGGGACGGCCCCAAGCCGAAAGACCUCUCUCCAAACAUUCGCACCAUCGAGUGGGCCCCACAAGCUGAUCUCCUGGCCCACCCCAACAUCCGCGCCUUCUGGACUCACGGUGGCCUCCUCAGCACCCAGGAGUCGGUGUACCACGGAGUGCCCCUCAUCGGAAUGCCCAUGUUCGGGGACCAGGACUUCAACAUGCUGCUCGCCGAACAGAAGGGCUUCUGCGUGAAGGUGGACUUCCGAACCAUGACCAGAGAGUCCCUGGACGCCACCCUUAAAGAGAUCCUGCGCAACCCCAAGUACAAGGAGAACGCCAGCCGCCUCUCCCGCAUCUUCCGGUCCAAGGCGCUGCAGCCCGCCGAGGCCGCCGUGUUCGCCAUCGAGCACGUCCUGCAGCACGGCUCGGAGCACCUGAAGCCGUCCAACGUGCACCUGCCGCUGUACCAGCUGCUGCUGCUCGACGUGAUCGCGGCCGCGGCCGCUAUCGUCCUCUUGCCCCUGCUGCUGUUGUGGGCGUGCUGCAGGGCGCUGUGCUGCGGCAAGAAGAAGGCGGUCGCCACCAACAAGAAGAAGAAGAACUAGACUGAGAUCCUCUCAAGUAUUCUUGGCUGUGAUGAUGGGUGCAUCGGCACCUCCAGGUACGGGUAUCACCACCCACCUUGUACUUCAAUCCACUUAACCGAUAGGAAGUUAACUAGGCGAAGCGACGCUCCGAGUGCUGCGUUAUCAGAGUUUGAUCUGGUGGCGGUAGGAGGGCUGACUCAUUAGGCAUGAAAUGUUACUAUCCAAACACGUUUAUGAGUUGCAUCACAUUGAUGCUGGAUUUUUAAAUUUGUACUUUUCUGAUCAACGUUGGCUGCUUCGGAAGGUCAAAUCAAAACCUGUACAAUGAAAUAUUAUUUUUAAUAAACCGUCCCCAAAACAACAACCAACCAAAAGAAA